CACCGUCAGAGGCAGUACACUUUUGUUUACAUCGCGAAGGAGAAUCACUGCGCACAAGUCUUCGCUUUUCCUUCGCUAUUUCUUCAUAGUUUGGAACAUUGUGGGCAGAGUCAUCCCAUCAGCGUAGUAUGAGUGCCGCCAACAUGACAGCCGCAGACAAAGACUCCAAAAAUAUGGGUGACAAAGCCUCGCAGAGUAACCCAGCAGAACAGUACAUUCUGCUAGCCAAACAGGCCAAAGGAGCUGCUGCCGUUCAACUUGUAAAGCAGGUUCUGGAGGCUCCGGAGGUUUACGUUUUCGGGGAGCUUCUAGACAUGCCAAAUAUAACAGAUCUCAAAGACAAUUCUCAACAUGCCCCAUACUAUGAGGUGCUCCAGCUCUUUUCCUAUGGUGUUUAUGCCGAUUACGUCCGUGAAUCUUCGAAAUACCCACCCCUGACGCCUGCCAUGUUGACCAAAUUGAGACAUUUGACCAUAGUCUCAAUGGCAACGGGGCAGAAGAGUAUUCCCCUCCCCACUCUUGGCACCCAGCUCGGUCUGACAUCUACAAGAGAGUUAGAAGACCUCAUUAUAGAGGCAAUGUAUACAGAUAUUAUUCAUGGCAAACUGGAUCAAAAAAACGGAAUACUAGAGUUAGAUUAUGCCAUUGGUCGAGAUAUUAAACCAGAAGAUUUACCAAAUAUUGUAGGAACUUUGCAAUCUUGGUGUGACACUUGCGACACAAUGCUGGCCAACAUUGAUCAACUGAUUACACGAGCCAACUCAGAUAAGGAGAAACAUCUGAAACAUCGCAACUCACUGGAAGCAGAAGUCCUGAACAUCAAGGCUUCACUGAAGACACAAGCUCAAGAGGGUGAUGAAGCUUUGGUGUCUGACUCACGCGAUCACGAUAAGAAACGUCCAGCUAAGAAAGGGAUCCGUGCAUCAUCCUCCAAGUUUUGGCCUAAGAGUUCAUAAGUUGUAAUAAGCUGUUUUAUUACACCAAUAAUAAUUUAUUAUUUUGGAAUAGCAAUUUUAUCCCAAGUGUAAACCUAUAUAACAACACCAAGAAUUGUGAAGAAGAAAAAGGACAGCUAAGGAACAAUUUAUAUUGUGAAUUGAAUAAAAUUUACUUCUUUAAUAGGAAAAUGUGAUUCAUAGCGUAAAUCAAUAUUGUGGUUUGAUUUCGUAUUAUUGAAUAAAUAACCCUAGAAU